AGUCCGGCUGAAGGUAUAGUCCGGCCAUCCGGACACCCCCCUAAUCCAGGACUCCCUCACCUGGCGAUGCCACAGCAUCUGCAUGCUCCGACUGCAUCACCACCGCGUUCCAUGAUGCUUGGCGGCUCUGCGGAUCGCAAAUGGACAUGCAUUUCUUGUAUGGGGACUGCAUCGUCCACGUCUCCACCGAGGACCUUGUCUACAACUCCAGUUUUGUGCUACACAGGUUGCUGAUCUUUGCGGACACUAAGGAUCCCGGCAAUCAACGCUAUGGGAUCACCAACUUCACCGACGCCACCAUUGAUGGCAACAUCAAGGUGCUGCUCCAAGAGACAGCCAAACAGGCAGCCUACAACUCUACAAUGAUAUACGCCACCGGCCGCAUGGAUUUAUCCGAGGAACUCCCGCUGCUCUACUCUAUGGCGCAGUGCAACCUGGACUUACAAUCAAUUGACUGCUGGAAUUGCCUCGAAAAUAUCAGGAGCGCAGCAAGGGGUUCCUUCCACAAGCAACAUGGUGAAUGGAUUGCUGGUAUGUGGUACAAUUUUAGGUACAGCACGUAUCAGUUCUACAAUGGCCAGCCCACGAAGCAGACCGUCUGGUCGGAUGUUGUAGAUCCAACAACAAACAUGCCGGCGCCAGGGCCGGUUGGUGUUCCAUGGCAGAAAGAUAAGAGUAAGACAAUAUGUUAGUUCUUUCCCCGAAACUAGCCUAGUCUUCCUUUUUCCUUGUUCUAAAGAGCAUUUUCCCCAUAUCUUAUAUCUGUUUGUAUUCAUAUUAUCCCUAUCACAUCUUUAUUACACAGAAAUUGGUGCCCAUCACACUCAAGCAUCAUUAGACUCAAUGAAAUUGACUAUUCCAAAACUUCAUUUAACUCGAUGCUUGAGUCUGAUGGGAACCCAGUUGACGAGUAGAUUUGUGCUGGAACAGUGAGCGGGUUAUGGGUACAGACUACAGAGCACCUUUCGAUAUAGAUCUAAUGACCGCAAAUUAAUUUUGAUGAUUCUGAAAGACAUAAUUAAUUCACCCGUAUAGAUCUAAUGACUGCAAAUCAAUUUUGAUGAUUCUGGAAGACAUAAUUAAUUCACCUGGGUGGGGUGACUGCUACCCUUUGAUCAACGCUUUAAUUCAACAACCAUGCUUGCGAUGCAGCCUUAGACUAUAUUGUAUGUUGAAAUAUUCUUUAUAACAUACAGAAAAUGUCCAUUUUUCAACACUAAACUAUUACAAAAGUUUGUAUUUCCCUUAACAUCCAAAACCGGUUGUGCUCAACCUUGAACUGUUGGAUCUGUUCAAUUUACCCCAUUGGUCCUGUCCCAAGUUGUUUUAGCUGACUCAGACGACACGUGAUGUACCUCUAUACGUCGGCAAAUUCCCAUCUCGGUAGCUUGAGUAAAAAAAAACAGAGAAACUAAUUCUCACAAUACUAUUUUCUGAUUUCCCUGGUUUUUUUGCAUUUUUUAAAUGUUUCAUAUUUUUUUAUCUUCACUUAAGCUGCAGACAUGGCAAGGGGCUGCCGUGCAGAAGUGAUGCUACGUGUCUACCACGUGUCAUCCAAAUCAGCUCAAAACCGCUUGGGAUAGGGCCAAAGGGCUACAGUGAACAGAUUCAAUCUUUCAAGGUUAAAAACAACUGGUUUCAGAUCUUAAGGUUGAAAAGUGAACUUUUGCAACAAGAGGUUAUAAUAUGUUAGAAUAUUCCUCAAAACAUAAAUAUCAAAGUUUAUUGUGUAGUUACAUUUCGUUGAUUUGUCUAAUCAACUAACCACCUAUGUUUGUGUGAAAUCUUUCGUUUAGGGCAUAUAAUAAAGGUAUGGAUCAUUACCACUGCUAUGCUUCUACUAGCAUCAUUUUUGUGCUUCAUCGUAUGGUUUAAACUAGUCAAAAGGAACAUUAAAGGUUAGUUAUGGAAAUGCUGCUGUACUCACAAAUCUCUUAGGCUGUUUAGAUUCAUAUAUAUUCGCUUACCUGAAAGGAUUACAUAAACUCUGAUUUUUGAAUUUUGGUGAAGUGAGCUCUCAGGAAGAUGAAGAGCUAGUCUGGGGGAUAGGGAGGAGUUCAGAGCUCAAGCUUUUUAACUUUUCACAACUAUCAGAUGCUACGAGUAACUUCUCAGAUGAAAAUAAAUUGGGGCAAGGUGGCUUUGGACCAGUAUACAAGGUAAAAGAACACAUUUAUCCAUGUACACAAAGAGAACAAAAAUCGAACCUAGUCUGUAUCGAUAACUAAUUUGUACGACCUAGUGGAUUUAUACAUGUAGCUUUAAUUUUACUCACAAGCAUGGGGGGUUACUGAUCAGAAGAUAAGUAAACCGCUUCUAUUUUGCAAGAUGAUAUCACUGAUCAAGCUCUUUUAAACCUCUACAGGGCCAGCUUCCUGAAGGUUUGGAAAUAGCAAUUAAGAGACUAGCUUCGCAGUUUGGGCAGGGUUUCACAGAGUUUAAAAAUGAAGUCCAACUCAUAGCCAAGCUCCAGCACACAAAUUUGGUUAGGCUAUUGGGAUGUUGCUCUCAAGGAGAAGAGAAAGUAUUAAUCUAUGAAUAUUUGGCAAAUAAAAGCUUGGAUUUCUUUAUCUUUGGCAUUACUCCUUGUAGUUUCCUGUUACAGACUAUCGGUUAACUCUAUCUACUAAAAUUAUCCCCACAACCUUCCUCCCCCUCUAAUAUACAUAUAUCAUUAACUUGUGUGCAGAUGAAACUAAAAAGGCUUUAUUGGAAUGGAACAAAAGAAAAGCGAUUAUCGAAGGGAUAGCACAAGGACUUCUAUAUUUGCAUAAGCACUCUCGGUUACGUGUCAUACAUAGGGAUCUUAAAGCUAGCAACAUACUUUUGGACAGUGAAAUGAAUCCUAAAAUAUCAGAUUUUGGGCUUGCAAAAAUAUUCAGCUCAAAUGAUACUGAAGGGAACACAAAAAGGAUUGCUGGGACAUAGUAAGCUCUUCUUACAAAUUAGUGCAUCCUGCACAAGUCAGCCAGAUACAAAACACUGAAAUAGAAGUUUAUUUUUCCCCUAUAUUUUCAGUGGGUAUAUGGCUCCCGAGUAUGCUUCAGAGGGUCUCUUCUCAAUCAAAUCUGAUGUAUUCAGCUUUGGUGUACUGAUUCUUGAGAUCAUCCAUGGAAAAAGGAACUCAUGUUUCCAUCAAUUUGGGGACUUCUUCAACCUUCUUGGAUAUGUAAGUACUUUUUUGUAUAUAAUUUUUAAAAUUAUUUGAUUAUCUGAAAACCAUAUUUAAUACUGUAUGUCUCUAAACUCUUGCUAGGCAUGGAAGUUGUGGAAAGAGGAAAGAUGCCUCGAGUUCGUCGAUGAAUCAAUAGUUUCAGAGUCUGACACAUUAGAUACGAUGAGGUGUAUCAACAUCGCACUGCUCUGUGUGCAAGAGAAUGCAGUUGACAGGCCCAGCACAACAAGUGUGGUUGCGAUGCUAAGCAGUGAAAGUAUGACCCUGCCCGAACCUAAGCACCCAGCGUAUUUCCACAUAAGGGUAACAGAGGAAGAGCCCCCUAGUGCGAAUGAUGUGACAGUGUCUGCUCUACAAGGCAGGUAGUAUCAUCCUGCAUGAUUCGGUUUUUUUUUGUGCUGCUGCUUUGCUGAGGGAGCUCCUUCUGUUUUAACACUAAAGUUCUGACAGAAACAUGCACAAACCUUUGGACUCUGGUUAAACAUGGCAUGAACGGAAGACAAUCUACACAUGUUCAAACAGUAAAAGAUGACUAAUCAGUGUUUAUACUGUGAUGUUGAAUCAUAAGCAAACACCUCAGCUGUUGAUGACGAACUGUGAGUUAGAGUACAUUUCAGGUUGGUGUUUCCCUUUGUGUACAAAUAAAAAGGGUGGAUUUAGAUUAUUCAUCCAACCACAUAAGCCUUUGUACAGAAACCAUAAACAUAUGUGGGGCUAUUUGGCAUAUGCACUGAAUCGAUUCAAUGUAGUGGUUCCACUCGCCUCCAACCAAAAUAAUAAUAAUCCCCAAAGCUGACCUCUUUUGAUGGAUCGAUUCGUUUGACAGAAAAACAAACAUACCUUUGGCAUAUGUGAUAUGUGGACUAUUUGGCACAUCCUGCCCUGCGUGAUGUGUUUUUUGUGCCUCUAAUUUUCUUAGUGUCUUAGGUUAGGGGGCUCCUUUCGUUUGACAGAAACACACAAACACCUUUGGUUAAACGUGGCGUGAAAGGAAGACAAUCUAUCUACUCAUUUUCAAACAGCGAAAGCAGAUGGCUAAUUAGUUUGCACAUUGUGACGCUGAAUCGGACGCGGACACCUUGGUUGCUAAUUACUAGUGACAAAUUCCCGUUGGUGAACGAUGGAUUGUGAAGUGCAGUACAUUUGAGGUUGAAGUUUCUCUUUGUGCAGGAAUGGUAAUGCCUAGCACAAACAAAAAUCCUAAGCAUAAACAUAAGGGGUGAUGCAUAUUAUUAGGCAGGCAUAGAAGCUUUUGCACUGAAAUCCUAAGCAUAGACAUCCCCGGUGCUGCGGAAUGGCUAUCGUUACUGAAUCGACUCAACUCAGCGGUUCCAUUCCCCCAACAAAAAUCCCUAGAGCUAACCUCACGGGGUGGAUGGAAGUCGCGGGCUACCUGUCAUCUUCGGGCGAGGAGGAGGCAAGAAAGGCGCCGCCUCGAGCCACCCUCG